AUGUUUGUUCAAGUUUUGGUUAUCAGCGCAGCUGUUACAGCGGUAUGGGCUUACCCUGCAACAUCAUCACAGAGCAUUGAGCAUCACAUACCAAGAUCGAUUAGCCUUCGGGGCCCACUAACCCACUACGAAACAUAUCCUGAAGAAACUUAUCCAAAAUACCAGUACACCUACUCCGUAUCGGAUACCCAAACUGGUGAUAACAAGCAACAGCAGGAAGUUCGCAAUGGUGAUACAGUGAAGGGUUCAUACUCUUUCCAUGAAGCUGAUGGUUCCAUUAGAACAGUGGAAUACACUGCCGAUGAUCGAAAUGGUUUUCGAGCCGUCGUGCAUAAUACAGCACCAACAGUCGCACCUGCGGUCAUCAAAGGACCUGUAUAUUUUACUCCUGCCAGAUACAGCCAAUAA